AUGGAAUCCCCCGCUGUCCCUGUUCCUCUCGAUCCGCGGGAGCAGCCUAUACUGGAGCGACUUCUCCGCACCCGCGAUGCGCUCCUGCUAUUGAAGCAAGACAAAUCAUCUUAUAUCAAAUCCCGCGAUGUCCUGCCUCUGUACGAAGAGGUUAUCGGGCAGGUCGAGGCCCUGAAUGCUGUGCGGAAAGAUCAAGAUCAAGACCACCGACAUAACCGACUUGACUAUGUGUUGGAUGAUUGCUUCCAGCUGAUUUCUCUCCUCUUUCUCACUGUUGGCCGGAAUAACGAGGCCCCCGCGGCAUAUUCUCUAGUGACUACAGUCCAGCGCUUGCUCGACCAUCUCGCCGAGGCAGGUUUCUAUAGCGCGAAGGAUCUCGAAUCCAUAGCCCAAACCCUUGGAACCAUGCGUGAAACCCUUGAACGUGGCAAGGAUACCUAUUCUCCGCAUCUUCUCACACUCCUCGAGAAACGCCUGAAAAAAUGCCAAGUAUCGUUAAAUAACCUGCACAAGGCCUUGGAGCCUCUCGCACCUGAACUAGCGCCGGUGCACGAGACCUUGGUCUCGAUUCUCCGUUCCACUUCCGCAGCCAACACUCGAUCGAAGUUUUCGGCUUCUGAGGUUCUCGACUUGCAGGAACGAUUAAAAGAAGUUCAGAAUAAGAUAAAGGAAGGUAAUUUUGUCGGUUCCGAUGGUCAGAUCUUGAGUGGUCAGGAGGUUGUCAAGCCUCUCUGGGACCGAUGUUGGAGGUGGACAGAAAUUGUCCUUGCAAGAAAGGGCCAGGUUGACGAUCGCUUCCAGGAGCAGUACGCGCGGCUUCUCGAAAUCAGGAAUCAGCUAGAGCGGCUUUCGAUGACACAGGCGUGGUCUCUGCGUGAGACGGAUCUCUUCCAGUUUCAGCGCAAGCUUGAUCGCAUUGAUGAGGCCCGCGUGAGCGGCAAUUUCAUUGAUGCUACAGGCCAGCCUGCUGAUAUUCAUGCUCAGCGAACAUUACUCUACCUGAUCCGUCGAAGCUAUGCUUACAUCUACGCACUUCUCAUUGCUUCAGAGCCAGUAUCAGAAGCGCUUCUUCCUAUCUAUAACCAGUUGCAGACAUUACGCCGAUGUCUUGUUGAAGUCAAGGACUCGGGCGGAGUUUCGAAUGCCCGAGAGCUUUACCCGUACAGCAUGAAGCUAAACUCAAUCGACAACAUGCGCAUCGAUGGGAAAUUCUAUAUAGGAAAUGAUAUCCCAGAGGGCCAAGGGAGCAUCAAUUCCCUCUUGGCCGAAUGCUACGAACUGGCGUACGAGCUGCGCGCAGCUGUCGAUGAAGACAAAGAAGACCGGGGAGGAGAGUAA